GUUAUUUUAUUGAAGAGGAAGAGCUGGGGUUCUUUCCUCAUAUCUGAAUUGGAGCCCCUGACGAGCUAGCCAGCUGGCCCGCGGGCCGUAUGUUUGACACCACUGCUCUAGCUGGCGAAAAUCAUCAGAAGAGUGAUCAAUCCCCAAAACAGCGACUUUAUUGUGACUAAACAUUCGAUGAAGGUGCAUUAUACAGUAUGAAUUUGCAAUACUUGAGUAUUUGUACUUCAAGCUGUCUUCUACACGUAAUGUACUGUUUUUGCUGUGACAUAAAAGUAUCGGAUGUGGUUCUUUGUGAUUUUUCUUCCUCUUUUUUUACGUUUUUUUCUCCAUACUAAAACUACACGAAGACAGCACAGCAGUCGACAAGAAAAAGUCAGCCUGUAAUUUGAUGUUUUAUUUUGAGGACUUUUUUGGAGGCGUUGCAGUCUUCACCUGAUUGGCUGAGGUGGGCGCGCGUCAGUGGAUGAGGGCGGUGGUCGACAACUUCUGGGACUCGAGCUCGUCGGAGAGGAAAAAGGGGAAGAAAAGAAAAAGGUCGGAAGACCUCCGCGAGCCUCCACUUACUUGAGUUUGGCCCCAAAAGACGAAGACGAAGACGAAGUGGACUUUUGAGACUGAAAGGGACGGCAGAAGGCGCCUUUGUCCUUCUUGGCUUUCUCUUUGGUUCUUGAUGUUUUUCGUUUGUUUUCCCCUUCGGGUGUGAGUUCGGAGGGGCUCACACUUGAGCUCGACGACUUUGUGCGUGCGCCCGCGUGUGCGAGAUGCCCGGGGCGUUGGUACCGGUCCCGGUUGCCUUCGGGCGGAAACACCUUUGACAGUCCGCCCCAGAAAGCGAACCGGGUUCAGAGGUCCUUUCGCGGAUCCAGACUUGAGCAAACAUGUCCUCGGAGCUGCUGGGGGGGUUCGUCUUGAGGGUCCUGCUGCCCCUCAGCCUUACCGCAGCCGCUUUGCUGCGUUUCAAUGGCUUCUCGCUGGUUUACGUCUUCCUGCUGCUCCUGCUGCCCCUGCUGCCCGAACCUUGCAGAAGCUCCUUCAACGCAGGCAGCAGCGGCCGCUGCGUGACGGCAGUUUGCGUCUCCAGCUUCCUCUUCCUGCUGCUGCAGACUUUCUUCCAGAUCACCACCGCGACCCUUGCACCCGAGUCCAACUGCACGUCCUGGCAGAAGGCCUUGAGUCAGCUGGGCUUAGUCAGCCUGACGGGAAGUGACGGGGCGUCCGCCGUGCGACACGUCCUUCCGGAUGUCGGCGUCCUGCUGGUCGGCCUGCUGACGUGGAGGCUGAGCCUGAGAUUCGGCCCGGAAACGAGCACGCAGGAUUCGCACGUCUUCCUGGAGGAAGGAGAAGGAACCGCGAGGAGCCGAAUUGUGGCUGAACUGGAAGAACUGGUCCGCAAGACCAGGACCGGGCUGGCAAACGUGAUGACGAGCGGAGGGAAAGUCCUGCUUACAGUUUUGCUUGGACUCACCGGUGUGGUACUGCCAUCCCUCUCCUCCCUCCCCUACCUGCUUUCUUUCCAGGUGGUGUGUACCUGGUGGGCUUGGAGGGGUCGGGUCCCCCGUCUGCUCUUCAGGUGUUUGUCAGUGACGUGCCUGACGUAUUCCGCCGCCCACUUCCUGCUCGUCUACGCUUACCAGCUGCCGUCGCUGCAGGAGGCGUGGCUUCCCAACCGUACCUCCGCCAGUGUAUUUGGCCUGGUCCCUCUGGUGUCAGUGGACUGCGCCGCCCCCUGGAGAAUGCAAGUGAACCUCGAGCUCAGCUGGUUUCACUUUGUCAACCCCGUGACGCUCAUCGUGCUCUACCACGUCAUCUCCGGCCUGCGGAGGAACCAGCUGCUGGAUGGCGGAGGGGCGCAGCGCAAGGACAAAAUGGACUCUUUGGUCCCUGGCAGCUGUGAAAUCAGCAGCGACAUCAUCGUCACCAGCGACGAGCUCACCGGUUACGAUGUGCUCAGUGAUGACGUCACCGACCCCGUCUGCGACGCCGCCGUCGGCGCCGAUGUCAUCUACGACGUCACGGCGCAGAGGCGGCGAGAGCUGUGGAGAAAAGCUCACGACGAGCGCAACUACGGAGAUGUACGUUUGCACGGAAACAUUAUUCUAGAUUCUUCUGUCACGGACAGUCCCUCCGAGUCUUUGGCGCCGCCCACACAAACCACUGCCGUGGAGUCGGACACGCCUCACUACUCCUUCAGCCAAUCGGGAGACACGUUGGAGACGUACGCGUUUGACAGCGACGCGGCGGCGUGGGCCGAGGACGAGGAAGCGCGCGGAGCGGCCGGCGUGGCUUCCGUGGCUUUGGCCUUCCUGCUGAAGCAGAGUUACAUUGGCGCCCUGGUGGCCAUGAUGGCCUGGUCCAUCACGUACGUGUCGUGGCUGACAUGCGUGCUGCUACUGUGGUCCUGCGCUCUGUGGAUGACGCGCCAGCGCCGGCGCUACACGCUGGCGUCCUCGCCGUGGUUGGUCGCUUACGGCAACCUGCUCCUCGUCCUGCAGUACAUCUUCAGCUUCGCCGCUGUCCGCCAGGUCCCGGGUCUGUUUCCCGAAAAGGACGACCCCUGCAGGGAGCUCGCCUCCAAGCUUGUAUGUCUGCUGACCUUCUGGCUGCUGCUGCGUCAAGCCCGUACAGAGGAGGGAAACAAGCAGACCGACCCCCGGUUGUCUACCAUCAGCAUCCACGCGGGAGAGGAGGAGAGGAUGGAAGAGAUCUCCUACGAGAAGGUUCUCCUAAUGAAAGGAGGCGUUCGGAUGGACGCUCUGGUCGCAGUGGUUACCAGGAUGUUUGUCAAAUACUGGAUCUACGUGUGCGGCACCAUGUUCUUUUUCGUCAGUUUCGAAGGCAAAUUGGUUUUGUACAAGGUCAUCUACAUGGUGAUGUUCCUGUGCUGCGUGGCCGUCUACCAGCUCAACUACGAGAAGUGGCGAGCCCUGUUGCGUGGCUUCUGGGUAGCUGUGGUGGUUUAUUCUAUGUUGGUCCUGCUUCUGGUCUACACCUUCCAGUUCCCGUCAUCCCCGCAUACCUGGACCUACUACACCGGACUCAGCACGCACAGGCUGGAGGAUCUGGGUUUGGAGAAGUUCUCGGUUCCAGCCCUCUUCACAAGGAUCUUCAUCCCCACCGCUUUCCUGCUGGUGUGUAUUGUCCACCUGCACUACUUCCACGAGCCCUUCCUCCAGUUGACCGACCUUAAAACUGUGGUGGACACUCACAACAGCACCAUCGCAAGGUUGGUCCACUCUGAGGGCAGUCUUGUGGACAUGUCGGUGGGAGGAGCUUGUCAGGUCUCGGUGGAGCAGAAAACAGGACUGGCGGCGAAGAAAGAGGAGGGGGCAGAGGACAGUUGGACACAUGAAGAUGAGGAGGACGAGGAAGAGGAGGAAAAGACAUACCCCUGCACAUUUGAGGAGGAGAGCAUGUUGGACCCCAUGGCAGUGUUGGUUUCGUGGAGGUCGGUGGUGGACCGCCUGUCCGUCUUGUUCCUACGCCUCCUCCUGUCUCUGCAGCGCCUGCAGCGCCUCCUCUGGUGGCUGCUGGAACUUCACAUAGCAAAAAUCGUAUCCUCCUACAUGAUCUGGAUCUCGGUGAAGGAGGUGUGUGUGUUCAACCUGCUGUUUGUGGGGUGUGUGGGUGUGGCUCUACCCUGCAGGGCCUGGCGCCCCCUGCUGGCAGGAGUAUGCACCGUGUGGACAUGCACGGUCACCAUCUGUAAGAUGGUGUACCAGCUCAACAUCAUCCAACCCAACGUGUCCAACUGCAGCUUGCCAGGUAACUCCACUAUCAGCCUGUCUACCUCAGGAUUGUACGCUGCGCCGAUUGACCCUGCCCAGUGGGUGGGUCUUCGCAAAUCUGAGGGAAAAUUGCUGGACUACUUGCGGUACAACUUGAUGAUGCUGGCGCUGUUAGCCUUCGAAGUGACCGUUUACAGACACCAGGAACUCUACCGUCUCCGUGGCAACAAAGUCCCGCCUCCCACCAGGACUUUAUUCCGUGACAUCGGCAGGCGUCACUUGGACCAAAACGUACUGAGCUGCACCAAAUACUUCGUCAAUUACUUCUUUUACAAGUUUGGCCUGGAGGUCUGCUUCCUGUUGGCGGUCAACGUCAUCGGGCAGCGGAUGGAUCUGUUCGCCGUAGGCCACGCCUUCGGCCUCAUCGGCAUCCUAUCCAGGCGCAGCAGGAAGCGAAUCAGUGCGGUGUGGCCAAAGUACUGCUACUUCCUGUCAGUGCUCCUGUGCUUCCAGUAUCUGCUGUGCAUCGGAUUUCCGCCUGCUGCCUGCAAAGAUUAUCCAUGGCGAUCCCCAACAUCAAACAUGGACUCCAACCUGGUGAAAUGGCUUUUCCUGCCAGAUCACCUGACUCCCCCAAACCCCGUCUUCCUCCUCUAUGACUUCCUGCUCCUGCUCGGGGCCUCCCUGCAGCUCCAGGUGUUCGAGGACGAGCGCAACGCUGCGGUCCAGACUGUGGCGGGGGACAACGCCGAGCUGGAUGUAGAGCACAGACCGGUCCGGGAUCCGCUCAGGAGGCUCCAUCUCGGCACCGUCCCCGACUUCAUGCUGUGCAGGUCUUACUUGGAUAUGAUGAAGAUCAUCAUUUUCAGCUACAUGUUCUGGUUCGUCCUCACUAUCAUCUUCAUCACCGGGACCACCAGGAUCAGCAUCUUCUGUAUGGGCUACCUGGUGGCGUGUUUCUAUUUCCUGUUGGUGGGCGGAGACCUGCUGCUUAAACCCGUCGGCUCCAUCCUGGUUUAUUGGGACUGUCUGAUCGGCUACAAUGUCUUCGUCAUCACCAUGAAGAACAUUCUGUCCAUCCUGGCGUGCGGUUUCAUAAAGUCGCUGGUUGCCAACCACUGCUGGUUGGUUCAGCUCUUCAGCCUGGCCUGCACCAUUCGAGGAUAUGCCAAACCGGAGCAGCAGAGCAGUAAACAAUGCGAACUGCCCAGCGACGAGGCGGGCAUCAUCUGGGACGGCGUCUGCUUCUGCUUCCUCUUACUGCAACGGAGAGUCUUCAGGAGUCACUACUUCCUCUACGUGGUCCUGGACCUGCAGAACACGCAGCUGCUGGCCUCCAGGGGGGCGGAGCUCUUUGAGGCAUCCACCGUGAAAGCCGUGAGAGCCAGACUGGAGGCGGAGAAGAUGUCCAUGGACCUGCUCAAGAAACAGAUGGAAAGGAUUAAAUGUCGCCAGCAGAAAUUCCGCAGAGGAAAAGAGAAAAUCCUCAGUUUGCCCCAGAAGAGCUCCCGCAGUGGCGCACAGGAAAAAAACAAAGGUAGAGCCCAAGGGGAUUGGUGGAGACCGUGGGUGAACCAUGCCUCCAUGGUGAGGAGCGGAGACUACUUCUUGUUUGAGAGCGACAGCCAGGAAGACGAUGAUGACAAAAAGGAAGAAGAGAAAGAGGAGGCGGAGGAGGACGACGAGGACCGUGACAAGUCUGCUUUUCAGUUUGUGUACCACGCCUGGAUAACGGACUCCAGAACAGCCCUGCGAGCUCGGACCAGCCAGAAGAAAGGCCAGAAGCAGAAGCCAAAGUCGGCGUCGUGCGAGCAAAGCGGAGGAGAGGAGACGUCAGCGUGUGGCGCUACUCAGCUGACGGACGGAUGGGAGGAAGAUGGCGAGGAGGCCAAGGAGGAGGGACCAGAUACGCUCCUCCACCGGGUUGCCAACAUCCUCCGCUUCUGCUGGGUUCUGUUGUCGGCUCUGCUGGACUCGCUCACCACUUGGCUUUGCAGUUUGUGUCGCGAACACGUCGACAUCUCUGCCGUCCUGCGCAUCGAGCGCUGCAUGCUGACCCAGCAGGCCCAGCAGGGUCAGGUCCCAUCCAGAGACGCCAUCCGCACGUACUACCAGGAAAAGAUGAUGAGGUCUUCCGGAGAACUGGGACCAGAUUUGAGUGCUCUGGAGGAAGAUGCCCCGACGCAAGAUUCUGAGGAAAAGGAGAGCACGGGAGAUGGGAAUGGACUUGUACUUGCCUCCAGAGAUGAAAGAGAUGCCGGUGCCUCUGCGAGAGAGGACUGCCCCGAGUGCUUUGUGGCCACAAGCCGCCGACGACUCCAAACCAAACUGACCAGGAUGAAGAGAGUCACGUCGUCCAUGUCUUCGUCCUCAGAUGAAGACGACCGUAGGGCUGUCUCCCACGAGACUUCCUCUCAUUCCUACAGCGGUGCUCUGGGUCUGGACAACCGGGGCCAGGAAGAUGAGGAGGGCGAUUCCAAAAACAGAAUGCAUGCGGCGGUGGCAGGACUACAGAGGCAGCUGUUACUUCAGAAGCCCGACUUCCCGUCUGGAUGCACCUCCACUUGCUGUCAAUUGGCAUAUUGUCCUCAGGAGCUGACAGCAAGCGAGCUCCUGAAGAACAGGACUUUCCACAAUGUGGAGCUGGAGGAAUCAGAUGCUUUCUAUAGCAACCAACCCCAGCUGCUCCAGCUAUGUUAUGCCUUCUACAAUAUUCUCGCUGCCAGGUCAGAGACCGUGUGUUACCUUGUCAUCGUCUUGAAUCACAUGGUGUCUGCCAGCUGUCUCACUUUGGUACUUCCUGUUCUGGUGUUUCUGUGGGCAACUUUGUCUGUUCCCCGCCCCAGUAAGACCUUCUGGAUGACGGCGAUCAUCUACACUGAGGUCACCAUCGUGAUCAAGUAUUUUUUCCAGUUUGGGUUCUUUCCCUUCAACCAGAAAUUAGAGGUCGACCGUUCCAAACCCUUCCACCCGCCCAACAUCCUCGGGGUGGAGAAGAAGGAAGGCUACGUUUUGUAUGACCUGCUGCAACUGCUUGCUCUGUUCUACCACCGAGCCAUUCUCAAGUGCCAUGGACUUUGGGACCAGACCAUCUCCACUAACCUUAAACAUCACUCUGACAACCAGUCAGAGUUGAGUCACGGUCCCACCCCCACCCCCACCGACAUAAGGCGCGGGCGUGACGGCAGGGAGCCCCGCUCUAGCUCCACCCAAGUGUGCUCUCCUGCAGAUAGCCCGAGUUCAAUAGAACAGCUCAGCAAGUUGGACUUACUGCUGGAGAAACUGAUGGAACUUUCCAUCCGGAGCAAGCGGUAUUGCGUUAGCAGGAGCAAGUCUCUUUAUGGUCCAAUCUGUCAGUUUUUCCAAGCUCUGGUCGAACCAGAAUACAGCGCCGUCACAGACGUUUACGUCCUCAUGUUCCUGGCAGACACCAUUGACUUCAUCAUAAUCGUUUUUGGCUUCUGGGCCUUUGGGAAACACUCAGCAGCUGCUGACAUCACUUCCUCCCUUUCAGAGGACCAAGUUCCCGAAGCAUUCUUGGUCAUGGUUCUGAUUCAAUUCGGUACCAUGGUGAUAGACCGAGCACUGUAUUUAAGGAAGACGGUGUUGGGAAAGUUGGUCUUUCAGGUGAUUUUGGUGUUAGGGAUCCACUUCUGGAUGUUCUUCAUCCUGCCAACCGUCACUGAGAGACGCUUCAAUCACAACUUGGUGGCUCAGCUGUGGUAUUUCGUCAAAUGUAUUUACUUCGGCUUGUCAGCCUAUCAGAUUCGCUCAGGUUAUCCGACGCGUGUUCUCGGGAAUUUCUUGACAAAGAGCUAUAACUACCUCAACCUUUUCCUUUUCCAGGGUUUCCGUCUGGUUCCUUUCCUGACUGAGCUGCGGGCGGUGAUGGAUUGGGUAUGGACUGACACCACCCUGUCCUUGUCCUCCUGGAUUUGCGUUGAGGAUGUCUAUGCCCACUGCUUCGUCUUAAAGUGCUGGAGAGAGUCUGAGAAGCGAUACCCUCAGCCUCGUGGUCAGAAGAAGAAACGAGUGGUGAAGUACGGGAUGGGAGGUUUAAUCGUUCUGCUGCUGAUCUGCAUUGUCUGGUUCCCUCUGCUCUUCAUGUCCCUUAUCAAGUCUGUGGCUGGUGUCGUCAACCAGCCGCUAGAUGUCUCUCUGACCAUCACUCUAGGAGGGUUCCAGCCAAUUUUCACUAUGAGUGCGCAGCAGAAUCAGCUGAAAGACCUGACAGAAGAGGACUUCAGAGCCUUCAUUCGUUCCUACAGUUAUACCCCUGCUGCUUUGCAGUUUCUGGAAGCGUACAGUCAUGAGGAUGUGACGGUGGCAGAACUGCAGGGUAGCAGUAACUCUCUGUGGACAAUUAGUCCUCCAAGCAGGCGAUACCUGAGCCAGGUCCUCAACCUGGACCACUUUCCCCUGACUUUGUCUUGGACUGUUCAGAGGAACUUAAGUCUUGGAGCAAAGGCAGAGCUUGCCUCAGGUAAAUAUGUGACCUACCUUAAUGAUCAGACUCGUCUGGAACUGAUCCAGCUGCUGAAUGGUACCAGAACCCUUCCUGUCGUGAUCGACGGCGUGUUGCCGUCUUUCUUACGAGCUCCCAGUGAUUCCAACGCCAAACCCAUUGAGCAGCUCUAUACAGACGGCUGCUACAAGGACAUUUUGUUGUCGCUGGAACGAACAGCCAAUGAGAGCCAAGAGAUUCAGGAGUGGUGGGUUGUCGACCAACCGGGUUCCAGCCUUGUCCGUUUCGGAGGCAGAGCUUCAACGGACAACAGGAGAGAGGCAGGGCUUCAGAUCUUCGUGUUCAGUGAUAAAGUCAGCCCACCGAGUCUGGGUUUCCUGGCCGGAUAUGGCAUUAUGGGACUGUACGCCUCCGUGGUGUUGGUCAUCGGGAAAUUCGUACGGGAAUUCUUCAGCGGCAUCAGUCACUCCAUCAUGUUUGAGGAGCUGCCGUGCGUCGACCGCAUCCUCAAACUGUGCACCGACAUCUUUCUGGUGCGAGAGACAGGAGAACUGGAACUCGAGGAGGAGCUUUACGCCAAACUAAUCUUCUUGUACCGAUCGCCGGAGACUUUAAUCAAGUGGACCAGACGCUGAGAGACCGCCACGAUGUUGCCGUGACAUCAUCCGCUGUCAGUUGAUCGGGACAUCACUGGAAUACGUUUCAACGUUACGGCUCAGGAUGGGACAUUUGCUGGCUCAGUUUCCACUUUCCUUGCCGAACCACCAAAGCUCUCCAGAUGACCGUGAGGUUUUUUUCCAUCCAUCGCUCAGAAAUAUGUUCGUGGCGUUAACAACCCAUAACUGGAAACAAAAGGAAUACCUCUUGAAAUGUUCUGGAAUGUUGGUGGAUCCUUUUCCACUGGGCGUUUAGGCACUGAAUUGGUUUACGUAAAAUCGUAUGGCUGAAAAGUUAAUCAAUUUAGAACUGAAAUUCUGCGUGUGGAGGUGACGUCAAGUGAACCCGCACACACAGACGUGCACUUCGACAAAUGUCAGAGUGACGAGGUAAAGCUCCGGUUUCCCCCAAAUAUUUGGCACGAGAGAAAAUAAAAGUUGCAACAACA